AUGCGAUUCCGAGGAUACACGUUAGGAGUAAAAUUUGAUGGAAAAAAGGCUUCGGCCAUUUUAGAGUUAUUUACAAUGAAUGAAACUACUAUACGUCCAGUAAGAGAAAAAUCAAGCUUAAAUAAUAAUGCUUCUAUGAUUGUUAAAACAGAUUUUACGUCUUUAUUAACUGAUUAUAAAUCAAAUCAAAGACAGUAUAACGAUCGAAUUCAGUCAUUGGAGCGUGAAAUGACAAUGUUAAAAACAGAAGUUAAAAAUGCAUUCUCAUCACAAUCUUUGCAAGGCGCAGAUAAUGAAUUAAGUAAUACAUAUACAACAAAGAUUCCACGUUCAUCUCAUAAGCACGAGAAGCAUGUACAUCAUCAACAUCACCAAAAUGAAGGACAAUCAGCCUCAGUCGUCACUUCCUCUCCUCAUUCAGCUCGAAUAACGAGUUCAUCGAGAAUACCCUUACCAAUCAAAUCAGCACGUAAAUUAUCUCAUGAUGAAACUUCCAAUCAAAUAACACGUAAAUCAAAUCAGUAUGAUAUUUCUAAUGCUCAUUCACUUGAUGGUCCAUUUUCACGUGUCUUACCACAGUUACCCUCGAGAAGCAAAAGUUUUCAUAGUAUAGAUCGAAAAUCAAAUACUAAUCAGUCUACAACAUCCUCUAAUACAACACUACAAAAGUCAUCAACAACUACAAAUAUUUCAAAUAAUAACUUUAAUCAGCAGUCGUCAGCAGCAAUGGAUGAAGCAAAUCUAAUGCGCUCCUAUAAAACCUACCUUGAACAAAUAUUGAAAAAGGAUCAUCAGGAUGGACAAUUAUCAGAAUUACGAAUACCAAAUUAUACUUGUAUCGAAGAUGUCAUUAGAGCAAAUGAGGCAAUUUUGGAGAAUGAUCGUUUACGAUCUGAAUUAAAUCGGUUAAAAACCGAAAGUAUACUCCUUUUACGAACAAUGAAGUUAAAUGGUGCUGAUAAUAUUGGUAAUGACAAAAUUAGUGCUGAACGAGAACGUCAAGAAUUGGUUAUGGAAUUAUCUCGUCAAGUGGAAGAAAAUAAACGUUUAAGAAAGUCUCUUUUAGCUCAAUCAGCUAAAUAUUUAACAUUAAGACAAACUAGUGCCACAUUGUCAAAUGAUGAUCACAGAAUAACGCCGGAUUCUCUGUAUCAACAACAAGAAAAAACAAAUACAAAGCCGAGUUCAAAAUUAGUUAAUAUGAGUAAUUCCAAUAAUGUUAGUCUAAAUCGUGCAAAGACUUUCUAUCAUUCAUAA